GUCAGUAGACUCUUCCCCGAGGAAAAACUUGGAUGGAGGGGAUAUGUCGAGUGGGAGAAGUACCCCAACCGCAAAGCGGUCGCGUCGCACAUACUUCAAGCUCAUCAGUCCGAAUUCACGCCGAUUCCAGAAUUUCAGUUUGUUCCCCUUCCCAAGACUAAUCCCAUCUUAAUCGGACAUCGCUGGAAGGAGUAUCACGAACUCUUAGGUUUGAAGGGUAUCGUAGACUUUAGCUGGGAGACGGUGCUCAAGGAGAAGCCUGACCUUAUCCAUCUAUUGGAUUUUCCGUACAACGGAGAGACUCGACGCGAUCAACUGUUAUCCGGAAAGAUUACCGAUAACAAGUGGCAUUUCAUUCGAAACCAUGGCGGCAUUCCUGAUAUCGACGAAGACGCGUUCGAGUUGGAGAUCGGUGGGCUCGUCAACAAACCCGUCAAACUAACCAUGAAAGAUAUCAAGGAUCCAUCCAAAUUUCCACAGACCGAAGUGACUGUAACACUGCAAUGCAGUGGAACGCGCCGAAUUGAACAAAUUAAUCAGUAUCCGGGAGAUGGAGACGAGCUCAUUAACGCACCGUGGGGUAACGGGACUGCUGUAUAUCGCGGUGUGCCAUUGAAGAAAGUUUUGAAAAAGGCCUGUGGUGGUGUCCUGCCCGAGUGUCAACACCUCGAAUUUAUCGGUGCUGAUACAUAUUUCAAGAAGAACAAUGUAUUCAACUACGCAGUCUCUGUUCCUUGGAGAAAGGUCCGACAAAAUGAGGAAGUGCUCUUAGCUUGGGAGAUGAACGGCGAGCCGUUACCCAAGUCUCAUGGUUACCCGCUUCGCCUUGUCGUCACUGGUUAUAUCGGCGCUAGGAGUUGCAAGUGGGUGUACAGGAUCAACGCUCUCACCGAGUCUAGCAUGGGCCCAGUUCAGAGGCAAGAGUAUCUGUAUUACACUUCACAGAUUGGAAAACAGAACGCGAAAUAUUCAAAUGGAUUCUCCAUCCAGCAGAUGCCCGUGUCGAGCGCCAUUAUCACUCCGCAAGACAAGGAGGUCAUCGUUCAUGAUGGCUCGAUAACUUUACGAGGCUGGGCGUAUAGUGGAGGAGGAAACUGGGUCGAAAGAGUCGAGGUCUCUCCUGAUGGCGGAAGCGUCUGGUAUGCCGUCGACCCUGAUGACAUGACCGAGAAGCACUACCACACCUGGCGCUUAUGGAAGAUCGAUAUCCCCGUUGAAGCCGAAGGGUGGCUUGAGUUCUGUGUCAGGACUUGGGACUCUUCCAAUAACACAGAGCCGACUUUUGUUCGUUCCGCGUGGAACUGGGAUCUUCAUGUUACGUCCUCGUGCCAUCGCAUCAAGCUGUACAGCGUUAACAAGAAACGCCCGGCUACGAUGAAGAGGAUAAAGGAGCUCGAAGAAAGAGGCGAAGGGAUCAUUCCGCUAACUAAGCCUGUCGAGUUCUCGCUAGAAGACGAAGGGGAGUACCUUGCAGCUUGUAGGAAGUAUCCGCGGGAGCCUUUGAGUUGAACAACUGGUCGAGUUACGUUUUAGUCCAAUGUUGCACGCUACAUCCCUGGGGGGCGUUGUAGUUGUACCCUGUACUUUCGAAGUGAAAAUCGUUGUUUCCGAUGCAAAUCAGCGGACCGAACAACGUAAAGCAAGGACAAAAAAAUUGAUAGACUCAAGACUGACACAAAGAUUGACUUGGACGCAAAAUAAAAUAAAUAUUGAGAUCCGUAGAUCUACCACUCCGGGAAAGCGUGUCAUCCUUGUGCAGGGGCCAUGCUAAUCUUCUCUGUAUCGUUCCAAUUUUUUCGUAUGUCACCCCGAAGGGG